GUCAACUGUCAGUGGUAUUAUAACAAAGUGGAAGCGAUUGGGAAUGACAGCAACUCAGCCACGAAGUGGUAGGCCACGUAAAAUGACAGAGCGGGGUCAGCGGAUGCUGAGGCGCAUAGUGCGCAGAGGUCGCUAACUUUCUGCAGAGUCAAUCGCUACAGACCUCCAAAGUUCAUGUGGCCUUCAGAUUAGCUCAAGAACAGUGCGUAGAGAGCUUCAUGGAAUGGGUUUCCAUGGCCGAGCAGCUGCAUCCAAGCCAUACAUCACCAAGUGCAAUGCAAAGCGUUGGAUGCAGUGGUGUAAAGCACGCCGCCACUGGACUCUAGAGCAGUGGAGAUGCAUUCUCUGGAGUGACGAAUCACGCUUCUCCAUCUGGCAAUCUGAUGGACGAGUCUGGGUUUGGCGGUUGCCAGGAGAACGGUACUUGUCUGACUGCAUUGUGCCAACUGUGAAGUUUGGUGGAGGGGGGAUUAUGGUGUGGGGUUGUUUUUCAGGAGCUGGGCUUGGCCCCUUAGUUCCAGUGAAAGGAACUCUGAAUGCUUCAGCAUACCAAGAGAUUUUGGACAAUUCCAUGCUCCCAACUUUGUGGGAACAGUUUGGGGAUGGCCCCUUCCUGUUCCAACAUGACUGCACACCAGUGCACAAAGCAAGGUCCAUAAAGACAUGGAUGAGCGAGUUUGGUGUGAAAGAACUUGACUGGCCUGCACAGAGUCCUGACCUCAACCCGAUAGAGCACCUUUGGGAUGAAUUAGAGCGAAGACUGCGAGCCAGGCCUUCUCGUCCAACAUCAGUGUCUGACCUCACAAAUGUGCUUCUGGAAGAAUGGUCAAAAAUUCCCAUAAACACACUCCUAAACCUUGUGGAAAGCCUUCCCAGAAGAGUUGAAGCUGUUAUAGCUGCAAAGGGUGGGUGGGAUAUGCCUAUAAGGCUGGGCCACUGGUACAUAAUCCACCAUGUGAAUCUCAUGUUGCACUUUGUCUGUAAAACCGAGAUCUUCAUCCUCGAGAGCAAAAACAUCACACAGAAAUUCUCUGAAAUCUCACCUCACGUCUCAUUGGACUUCACAUUUUUGACACGAGACAGAGUAGCAAGUCCUGUACAGGAAACAAUUGUUUCUCUGAAGUCACAAGAGAGGAAACAACAAUCAGACCACCAGCCCGUGGAGUGUCGGGGAGCCAGACCACAGUUCCCAACUCCAUCAUUGGGCAUUGGUCCCAGAAGUGCCCUGGAUCCCCGCAACUCCAGCACGCUGACCCAGGCGCUAUGCCUGCAGCUGUGUCGGUGGAUACAUCCACCUAAGAGGGAGAGUGACGAGACACUGAGGCCACCGGUGGCGGGACAAACCCCCGUGAAUGGGGAGCUGGCUUCGGCAGCAAGUUUUCAUGCCUCUUUGGUACUGGGAUGGGCUGCAGUGAAGGGACAGAGUGAGGGGGGGACACGGGAAGUGGAGAGAGAGAGUGGGAGGGCUCUUCCGCACUCUGAUACGCCGACAUAUGGUCCUCCGCCAGUUGGACGGCCUCCUCUAGAGACGCCAGGCGUUGGCACUGGACUCAUUCCACUGUUCCUUUCGGUAUAUGGCAGAUAA